CCCCAGCCGUCGCUGCUGGCUGGCACCAAACAAUGGCGAUACUUUGAAAGGGCCUGUUCCCACAACCAAUUCCUCAACGAGCAUUCUAACUAACAGCAACAGACCUACCUGCAACAACCUCGCAACUCGGACUCCCUCCCUCGUUAGUCGCCCUCAACUCUUUCCAUUCUCGAGGACCAGCCCCCGCCCCCCUCAUCACGCUCGCUCGGUCAACCUGAACCUUCGUCCCUGAACCCAAUUGAACUCAAUUCGACUAUACGAUGGCGUCCGAGCCCGAGAAAAAGCCCGUCAUCAUCGUCGGCGCGGGCCUCGCAGGCCUCGUCGCAGCCUUUGAGCUGUCCCGCCAAAACGUGCCGACCCUCAUCCUCGACCAAGAAAAUGCGGGAAGCCUGGGCGGCCAGGCCUUCUGGUCGCUGGGCGGCAUCUUUUGCGUCGACUCGGCCGAGCAGCGCCGCAUGGGCAUCAAAGACUCGCGCGAGCUGGCCAUGCGCGACUGGUUCAGCUCGGCCCGCUUCGACCGCGAGAAAGAGGACUGCUGGCCGCGCAAGUGGGCCGAGGCCUUUGUCAACUUUGCCACGGACGAGAUGGAGAGCUACGUCAAGGCGCGCGGGAUAGGGUUCCUCUUCAACGUUGGCUGGGCCGAGCGUGGCGAUGGGCGGGCGGACGGGCACGGCAACUCGGUCCCGAGAUUCCACGUGACGUGGGGAACUGGCCCGGAGGUUGUCCGCGUGUUUGCCGAGCCCGUCAAGGAGGCUGAAAAGAAGGGCAUCGUCGAGUUCAAGUUUCGGCACAUGGUCGACGAGGUGAUCGUCGACGAGAAGACCGGACGCGCCGUCGGUGUCAAGGGCCGGGUCCUGGAGCCGGACGACUCCCCCAGAGGUGUCAAGACAUCCAGGACAGUGAUUGGCGGGUUCGAGAUCUAUGGCUCUGCCGUGCUGGUCUCCUCGGGCGGCAUUGGCGGCAACGUCGAGAAGGUCAAGUCAGUCUGGCCGGUCGACCGCCUCGGCCCGAAAGUGCCAGACAACUUCGUUAUCGGCGUGCCCGCGCACGUCGACGGCCGCAUGAUCGACAUUGCCGAGACGGCCGGCGCCAACAUCAUCAACCGCGACAGGAUGUGGCACUACACCGAGGGCCUCGCCAACUGGGACCCCAUCUGGCCGGGCCACGGCAUCCGCGUCCUCCCGGCCCCUUCGUCCCUUUGGCUCGACGCCACCGGCAAGCGUCUGCCUCCUUUCCUGUACCCCGGCUGCGACACACUAGCGACCCUCAAGCACAUCUGCAGCACGGGAUAUGACUACACGUGGUUCAUCACCGACCAGAGCAUCGUGGCGCGCGAGUUUGCGCUCUCUGGCUCGGAGCAAAACCCGGACAUCACCGGCAAAUCCCUCUGGCAGUUCUUCAACCAGCGUAUCCUCAGCUCCAAGGGCACCACCCCCGUCCAAAAAUUCGUCCAGCACGGUGUCGACUUCGUGGUGCGCGACAACCUCCAAGACCUGGUCAAGGGCAUGAACGAGCUCGUCUCCACCGUCCCCGGCGCGCCGCAGCUCAACUACGCGCAGAUCUUAGAAGUCGUCGAGACGCGCGACGGCCAGUUCAUGAACACGUACUCCAAGGACGCCCAGGCCAUGCUUAUACACAGCGCCCGCACCUACUGGGCCGACAAGCGCAGCCGCAUUGCUCCGCCGCACAGGCUGCUCGACGUCGAGAAGCACGGGCCCUUGAUCGCCGUCAGGAUGAACUUGCUGACGAGAAAGACGCUGGGCGGGAUCGAGACGAACCUGGACAGUAACGUCAUGCGGGCCGAUGGGACGCCGUUCCCCGGGCUGUAUGCGGCGGGCGAGGCGGCCGGGUUUGGGGGCGGAGGUGUGCACGGGUAUAGCUCCCUAGAGGGGACUUUCUUGGGCGGUUGCAUCUUUUCGGGGAGGGCGGCGGGGCGGGCGAUGGCCAGGGAGGUGUUGGGGGCUGCGGUUGAUGGGCGGAGUGGCCUCGCUCGACUUUGACUCUGGCCUUGCCCUGAGUAACGGCUGGUUCCUGUUCUUGGCCUAUAUCCGCAGCUUUCAGGAUACCUAGUACGCCCUAUUCCUAAUAUCAAUACCAUGCAGUGUACUUUGCACCCUCUGCACCCUGUCCGCGACAGAACCCUGUCACGCACCGGACAAGAGACAGCUCGAUUGCCCUCGAGCCACCAACUCAAGGCUUCGAACCCAACUGGGUGCAUUUCGUUGAUCCUACAGGAAUGGUCAUGUCCCUCCCUCAUGGCCCGGCAUUGUCAAACCACGUCGUGAUCUGGCCUGGAUUGUCGCAAUCCAGUAAACCCACCGAGCCCUUUCUCCCUUCCCGCCACCGCAGGCUUAGCCGCCUCACCAUCAGUGACAGGCUACCGGUAGUCAAACACCUUGCCAGGAUUCAUGACCCACUUCGGAUCAACCGCCCUCUUCAACCUCCUCAUCACCUCAACCGUAUCCUCCCCAAGCUC